AUGGCCGCCUGGUAUGUCGUAGUCGUUGGAAGAAGGGUCGGAGUCUUCGACACAUGGCUCGAGGCGGCAGCGCUUGUCGACAAUUUAUCUCAGGCUCGACACGCUAAAUUCAAGUCCAGAGACGCCGCUUAUGCUGCAUAUGAAGCGGCCAAGGCCAGAGGUGAAGUCAAAAUCGUGGAUGCCAAUCCGUCCAUCUCUGGAGAUAUCCACAACCCUGCGAUGACCGAGGAUCCCUCACCUCUGAACGGUUCCCCGUCUCAAGUUCGAGUGUCACCCACGAACGGUAUUAGCUCGGACGUGCCCAACGAACUACGACAGUGUCAUACGCUGACAGCGUCGCCGAAACCCGAGUCUUCCGCUCUCGUCAGUGGUGACCAGACUACAAUCGAACAACGCCCUCAAGUGGCAGAAAUGUCGAGGACAUCCAACGAAGAGCAGCUUCCAGAGCAGAGUGACUCAGGAACGGCAGGCACUCAACAGCCUUCGUUCAAGGUUUCCGCUUCACAAAACUAUCGCAUUGCUGGCGUUCGGACGGUGGAGUUUCACAGCCCUUCAACCAAAGGGAAAUCGAUAAGCCGCGAGGAUCAGGAUGUCGUCCGAGACUCUGGUCGACCACGAUCCUCCAGAAUCCAACGCAAUGUCGACUCAGACGUGUCUGAACCGGAAAGUCUCGUAAGCGUCGAAAUCAUCGAUAACAGAAGAGUUUCCGGAAAGUUCAAGAUACCUGCUGUGGUUCCUCCGUUACAAAGCAUCUCUGGGACUAAAACCGCAGGUAUCGGGCCAAACCGCCGAAAUAGGGUCAUUGAACCUGUACCACACUAUUAUACCUCCUCUCUGGAAUUUCAGGUGCAUUCCAGAUCAAGUACCACAGCCUCUACAUCUAGUUCCCGGCGCGCGUUUGUCUCGAUGGAAUCUGAUGCUAACGGUUAUCCCAGUGGUACUGAUUCGUCUGGACCUGAAGACGUUACUCCGAGGGGAUCUCAGACAUCCCGUCGCGACAAGGGGAAGGCAAAGCAGUCCCCACUUGUAUUGAUUUCAUCAGAUGAUGAAUCUUCUGCUAAUGAUUAUGACAUAGACCCAUCAGUUUCUGAAAUCGCUACUCCUAGCCAGAAGUCAGUCAAGAAUUCUGAGGUUUCAAGUCUGAAAUCUCGCAUAACGACGUCCAGCAAUCAUAUCUACCGGCGACAAGGUUUGAUGGAGGACAUACACAUCGUCCCUCACAGCUACAUGCUUGAAGCUCUAGGACUAUCCCAGCCUGCCCAUAUACCAAUCCAAGUGUACGAGCCGGGAAGCGAUCCACGGUCUCCGAUAAGGAAGAUGGUCUUCGUACCAGAACAUGACAGUUCCCCUACCUUUGGCAGACCUUCUCCUCGACCCGCUCGCCCGCUCACCCUGUCCGGCUUCAAGUUCACCAAGAUAUGA